GAAGGGGCGGGUCUUCCUGGAAAUUUUGACUGCAGCUGUUUUCCCCCCGGCUGUGAGUCAGAGCGCCCAGACUGCGGGAGAAGGAGAUACCCCUCUGCUUCUGUCUUCUCACCUGGAAGCCAUCCUUGUAACCCUGCAUCACCAUGGUGCGCCCUUCUGGCCUUCUAACCCGCCAGGAGGAACCAGUGCCAUUGAAGAGCAUCUGUGUGACCUUGUCCAUUCGUGAGUUUGUGGCUGGUGUGGCUGCUACCUUAAACUAUGAAAAUGAAGAGAAAUUUCCUCUGGAGACCUUCUUUGUGUUCCCCAUGGAUGAAGAUUCAGCUGUCUACAGCUUUGAGGCCAUGGUGGAUGGGAAGACAAUUAAAGCAGAAUUAAAGGAUAAGAAGAAGGCCCACAUCAUCUAUGAGAGUGCCAUCAGCCACCGCCACCAAGCUUUCCUCCUGGAAGAGGACAAGUGCUCCAGGGACGUCUUCUGUUGCAAUGUGGGGAACUUGCAACCUGGGUCAAAGGUGGCACUCACCCUGAAGUACGUGCAGGAGCUGCCCCUGGAAGCGGAUGGGGCCCUGCGCUAUGUGCUCCCAGCUGUCUUGAAUCCUCGAUACCGUUGCUCUGGAUCGCCUGAGGACAGUUGCCUUGAUUUGAAGACUCCCAUAGUCCCUUUGGAUGACUUGCCCUAUGCGUUCAGCAUGACUGCCACUGUCAGUUCCCAGCAUGGCAUUGAGACGAUCCAGUCCAACUGCCCCUUGAGUCCUAUUGAGUACCUUGGAGAUAAGAAGACUUCUGCCCAGAUUUCCUUGGCUGAUGGACACAAAUUUGAUCGAGAUGUGGAACUCCUGAUUUACUACAGGGAGGUGCAUACCCCCAGUGUAGCUGUGGAGUUGGGGAAUCCUAAAAACAACCCAGAUGGUUUGAUGAAAGAUCCAUCUGCGAUGGUGUGUUUCUACCCAAAUAUCCCAGAAGUUGAGCCAUCAGCUAUCUGUGGAGAAUUCGUCUUCCUCAUGGACUGCUCAGGGAGUAUGCAGUGCCCCAUAAGUAAACAGGAUAAAUCACAGUUGCGCAUAGAGGCAGCCAAGGAAACACUGAUUUUGCUGCUGAAGAGUUUGCCUGUAAACUGUCAUUUCAAUAUCUAUGCAUUUGGAUCUUCCUUCGAGGCAUUCUUUCCGAAUAGUGUGAAAUACACUCAGGAUACCAUGGAAGAGGCACUGAGGAGAGUUAAACUUAUGCGGGCGGACCUAGGGGGCACGGAAAUCUUGACACCACUCCAGGUCAUUUACAGAGAACCUUCCAUCCCGGGCCACCCCCUACAGCUUUUUGUCUUCACAGAUGGAGAAGUUACUGACACGUUCAGUAUAAUUAAAGAAGUUCGGAACCACAGACUGAGGCACAGAUGUUUCUCCUUUGGGAUUGGAGAAGGAGCCUCCACCAGCCUCAUAAAAGGCAUUGCCCGGGUAGGAGGUGGCACUUCAGAAUUUAUCACAGGCAAGGACAGGAUGCAGGCCAAGGCACUUAGGGCCCUGAAACACGCUCUACAGCCCGCAGUAGAGGAUGUUUCUGUGAACUGGGAUUUGCCUCGUGGUCUGUCUGCUAAAACGCUUUCACCAGAACAGACUGUCCUCUAUAAGGGUCAGAGGUUAAUUGUCUAUGCCCAGUUGACUGGGACCAUGCCGCCAGAAGAGGGAACAGGAGAAGUUUGCCUCAACUACACACUCCAGGGCAAGAGUUGUGAGAAUAAGGUGACAUUUUCCCUACAACCCAAGCUUGAUGACAACUUCACUAUUCACCGCCUUGCUGCCAAGGCCUUUCUCCAGAGCAUGGACAUAGGCUUCGGGGAGACUCCAGCAAAAACUAAAAAAGAUGUGCUGAAAGUCAGCAUUGACUGUGGAGUCAUAAGCUCCCACACAGCUUUCAUUGCCAUCAACAAGGAUGUCAACAAGCCAGUUCAGGGGCCCCUGGCUUGUAGGGACAUUCCAAGGCCGGUUCUGCUGGGUGCUGCUGUGCAGAUGCCACAAUGCAAAAGAGUUGGAUUUCUGGAUGCUGUGGUCCCUUUCUAGGGGACUAGAAAAUAUCCCACCGGCAAGGAGAUUUUAAAUAAUCCGAGGGGGGAAAAAAACAAGAAAAAUGAAAACAGAAAGUACACAUACACAUUGAGUAUUCACACAGUCUAAAUCUGAGGCUGAUGUAGCCUAUGGAGAAUUAGAUGGGUAAUGAUUAUACAGGUGGCUGAUGGUAGUGAUUUGGUGGUGUUAGGGAAUGGGUGUCUCAAGCGUCAGUCAGGUGGGCUUGAGUACAGAUAUUAGGGGCUUGAGGGUUAGGGUCAGGUAGAGAAAUUCCCUGGGCAGGAUUCUGUGGCCAGAGGGGAAUGUGUGAUGUUGGUUGUAGAGGCAGGCUUCCAGUUGCACCCAGAUUUUUGUUUUAGUGGUACCAUUUAUUUAAAUAGAGUAACUAAAAAAAACAGGAGCCAGUGUAGAGGAUAGUAUGUUGAAUUGUUUUUGAGUACUUUGAACUUGAGAUCCCUAUGGCAUAUUCAUAUGAAGAUGUCCAGUAGAAAGAUAGAUAGAUGGUUCUGCCAUUCAGAGGAAAGCUCAGGGAUGAAGAUACACAUUUGGCAAUAUUUAACAUGUAAGUAAUAACUAAAGUCAUGAGAAGAGAUUAUCAGAAGGCGUGUACAGAGUGAGAUGAAAGGGGGAUGAAAUGGAAACAUCCCAGUAUCUAGGGAUGGGUAGUAAGAGGAUUCCCCACACCAGAAUGAAAAGGAAUGAAGUAGGAUGAGAAGAAGUGAGUGCACAAUCAAAACAAAUGAAAUAUGAUUUAAAAAAGUGGAAUUAUCAAAGUGUAAGAUACUGCAGACAAGUCAAAGUAGAAACUGAAGGGGGACUAUUGGGUUACUAUCAGAGAAGUUCUUGCUGCUGUAAUCAAGGGCGAUUUCAUUGGCUUCGGUCAGGAAAGAAUCCAUAUUACAGGACGUUAAAGAGUAAAGAGAGGUAGGAAAUGAAUGUAUAGACACUUUUGAUAAACAUGAAGCUGGAAAGGGAAUGGAAUAGAGAGUGGUGUCUACAGAAGUUGUAGAGUUGAGGUGGAAUUUUGUGUGUUAUUAUCUCUUUAAAGUUUCAGAAUGGGGGAGAUUUGAGGAUGCUGUAAUGCCCAAGUCAGAGUGUCAGCAGGGAGGGCUGGCACUUUUGGGGCGGGGGGAAUGGGGUAGCUAACUGAGACAGGUGUCUGAGGAAGUGGGAGACGAUGACUUCUAGAGCAGCAGUGAAAUCCAGGAAGGACAAGUAUUAGGACACUCGCCCACUGUUGCCAGGAAGGAGAGGAAAGGUGGUGGAAUUUGAUUCCAGUUCACAAACUGAGAGGCAAGUGCUUAGAGUUUCUGUCUGAUAGGUUUUCUAUAGUUUUAGUGAAAGAGACAGCAAGAUUAGCUACUGAGUCUGAGA